CUCCAGCGCCGUCACAGCGCCGAGCCACAGCAGCGGUGCAGGAGCGGGCUGCACACACUCAGAGCCACUCUGCCGCUGGGGAUAACCAGUGAUACAGCAAAACCAGCAAGCAAACCGGGAGCCAGUGGAUUAAUAUACCGACCCGUUGGUCCGCUCCUACUCGGUGACCGUGUCCUCUUCCACACCACGGUGCAGCGGACGAAAGGUUGCGUGCUUCCCCUUUCUCUCCCUUGAACCGACCGAGCAGGGAAAACGCCUCGGCUCGGUCUGUUUAGUUAGCCGGUGAUGGAGCCUGGCAGCUAGCUAGCUGACGGUUCUCCUCUCGUCAGGCUAGCAUUUCUCACCACGCUAACUCGCUCAGCAGCAGUUCCGCCUCGCUGCGUGUUUUCCUCCCAGCACAGAUACCCGGUGCCACAUCCACAACAUGUUAGCGUGUGUUUAAUAAGGACCCGGACGGAAAACGGUGGGAAUUAGCCGGCGAUCACCACUGGCAUCAGCUGACGUUAGCUUGCUAGCUACUCAGCGAGUAGCCACUAGCUUCCUCUGCCUCGUUGUCACUGGAGAGCACUGACUGGUGUAUGAGAGGCUGUAAAUACUAGCUACAGCGAUCUGACGCUUAGCUAGCUUCUUUGUUUUUUUCGAUCGUGUUGUCAGUUGACUAGUUUUGUCAAAACGGCGCCUUUAACGAAUCGCAACCUUAUCGCAUUCUGUCAGAGACCAACUACCCCCCGGAUCCUCUCGAAAUGCAUCAUCCGGACCCUGCAGGAGACUCUGGCAGUGCUAGAAAGAUGGCGCAUCCGGCUGUCUUUCACAGAAGGGGUAGCAACACAGGCAGCGGGAGCGGCACCACGCUGUCAACACCGGCGAACCCGGUGGUCAACAACAGCCACGUCUCAGCCGAUGAUUAUCAGCCCUCUCUGCUGAGCCAGUGCCAACCUCCCGCUGGUUCAUCCUCCCCAGGUCCACAUCAUCCUCCUCCCCAAAGUCUGAAUCUUCUUUCCCAGCCCCAGCCCACACAGUCGGCAGGUGCCCAGAUGAAAAAGAAGAGUGGAUUCCAGAUCACAAGUGUGACCCCUGCACAAAUAUCCGUGAGUACCAACAACAGUAUUGCAGAGGACACAGAAAGCUAUGACGAUCUGGACGAGUCCCACACUGAGGAUCUGUCUUCUUCAGAAAUCCUGGACGUGUCCCUCUCUCGAGCUAAUGACAUAGUUGGAGCUGAGAGAAGCUCUUCGGAAGAGACUCUCAAUAAUUUCCAUGAGGCAGAGACCCCUGGGGCCGUCUCCCCCAACCAGCCUUCACAUCCCCAUGCACUGAACCAGGCUCAACAGCAUGGUGGGGCCAUGGUGAACGGGACUGUGCACCACCACCACCAAAAUCAACACCCUCACCAUCCUAACCAUACCCAGGUGUACGCUCUGUCCUCUGGGCCUGGGAGCAUCCAGUCUGCCCUUGCAUCUGGAGCUUUACCUCGUGUCACCCAGAAAAUGCCUUCAAAUGUGGGGGGCCCUCAAGAGAAUGUUUCCCAGACUGCCCCUCCAAAUAUUGUCGCUCAGACUUUGGUGGCUGUGGCCCCAGGAGUUGUCCCUGGAAUGCACAGUUCUGUUACUGGCUCUACAGUUAGCAUAGUUAAUCCCCAGACCAGCAGCGUUAGUAAUGUGAAUAUGUUGAGCUCUGCCAACGUGCCUGUGAGAGGGGGGAUCAGCACCAGUGCUAACAGUAGCAUUAGUGGCUUUCCUAUCAAUGUGAUGAGCAGCAGUGGGGGGAGCGGAGGUGGCACUGUAGCAACUGGGGGGAACCUAAUGUCCGCCACAACUAUCAGCAUUGUCCAACAACACCAAAAUAUCAGUUCAAACAUGGCUAUGACUACUGCGACCUCUGAUGCUCUCAGUUCCUCUGCAGGGAUGGGACCCUCCAGUGGGAUCCAGGGAAGAGUUGGAUAUGCUGUGAGUGCAGCCAUGGCCCCAUCCUCUGUAUCAUCUGCUCCUGCUCCAGCCCCUGUGGUGGCUCCCACAAUUUCCCGCUUCAGGGUGGUGAAGCUGGACUCUAGCUCUGAGCCCUUUAAGAAGGGCAGAUGGACAUGUACAGAAUUCUAUGACAAGGAUAACCCAGCCUCCGCUUCUAAUUCCUCUGCUUCAGAUGCUGGGUCUCUUGGCAUGCGUCAGUAUGUCUCUGAGAACUUUGCUGCAGCCUCAGAGAGGGAAAGCACAAGUGGAAGUUCUGUGAGUAGCACUAUGAGCCAUUAUACUGAGAGUGUGUGCAGUGGAGAGGCUGGGGGACACCCAGUACCCCAGCAUGCCCAGGAAUAUGCCUCGCCUCCUCAGGGCUUUCAAGGAAUCCUCCCCACCAUGGGAGCAUCACAAGCCCAACCUCACAUGCAUGCCCAGGAUAUUACUCACUCGCAUGUGAAGACUUCUGUGGCCCCCUCGGCUCUUACAAACCUUCAUCAGCCUGCUUCCAUGCCAGGCCACCAGACCACAAUUGGACUCCCUACAUCCUCUCUAUCCCAGCAGCAGCUCACCUACGCACAGGCAGUUUCAAAUCAGCCUUCCAGCUCUGCGCAGGGUCUAGUGGGUGUUCAACAGCAAAACCUGGGCUAUGCCUCCAUGCAGCCCGCUGCUGCCCCCCAAGCAACCCCAGGGCAGGUGAGGCCAUCGGAGUACACCCAGCUGCACCAUGGUAUCCCCCAGGCUGCUGCUUCUCAAUCUCUGUCUAACCAAGCUGGAUCAGCUCCCACUGGGCCAGCUAAUGGAGCAUGCCAGAUGAUAGGAGGCCCUCAGCAGUCACAGGCACUUCUCCACACACAACCCCAGCAGCCCUCCACUAAUUCCAAUCUGCCCUCUCAUGUUGGUGUAGCAGGUCUCGGCCAGCAGCCUCAAAGCCACCCUGGUCACCUGGAUUGCCAGCAGCAGCAGCCCCAGACGCUCCCAACACAAAUCCAAAACCUGGGUCUUGGUGCCCAGCAGCCCACCACACUCCACCAGAGCCAAGUGUCUGCAACAAGUGUGCCUCCUCCCAACCCUCAGAGCGACCCUCAGCCCCAAGCCCACAACAUUAAUAGUGGCAGGAUGCCCCUGCAGGCUGUUCCUCACAGCCAGCCAUUUUCUGUCAGCUUGUCCCAGAACCAAAGCAGUGCUCUGGCCCUCGCUCAUGCUGCCCAGGCCAGUGCCCUGUAUGCCAGUCUGCCCACUUUCACUACUACACAGCUGCAGGAUGCCCAGCGGUUGCUUCUGCAGCACCAGUCAGCUCUGCUGGGACUGCCCAAGCUGUCUGGAGGGGAGGCUGGAUCCAGCACUGUUCAAGGUCAAGAAGCUGAGGGCAAUACCACCACCGCCAGUGCCUUAACUGCAUCAGCUGGUCUUAAGACACUCGAUGGAGAGGAGGAUGGUUCGUCCGGCGCCAGCGUCGUGGCCAUAGACAACAAGAUCGAACAAGCAAUGGACCUGGUGAAGAGUCACCUGAUGUACGCUGUGCGUGAGGAGGUGGAGGUCCUGAAGGAGCAGAUCAAGGAGCUGAUCGAGCGAAACGCCCAGCUGGAGCAGGAGAACACCCUGCUGAAGACACUGGCCAGCCCGGAACAGUUGGCGCAGUUCCAGGCCCAAGUUCAGACUGGCUCCCCGCCCGCCCCCCCGUCGUCGGCCACAACGGGACCCCCGAGCACCGCUGCUCUGGCCCAGCCCACCUCGCACAGCUCUGGGCCCUCUGUGUAGUCUGGUCUGCACAGAAAAGACAGACUAACGAUUUUCUUGGAGCUCUGCUAGAGCAGCAGAGCCCAACCUGGUCCAGGGCAGCAGGAGGUUGCACUGUUAAGACGAGAAUUUGCACAUAUUUAUCUCUCAGAAGGAAGCAGCUAGCGGCACGAGCGGCGAGGGCGACAGGCUGGAGAUGCUGUUUGGAGGGGGAUUGUCUCACAAGAGGAGGAAUCAUUGAACAGUUGCCAAAUAAACCUUGGACUUAUCGACUAGAAUGUCUUACCAAGAGAAAACAACUUAUCGGUGGCGACAUUAUACUUAACAAAAAAAAAAUCACUGUGCCUGUGUCUGGAUUUUAAGUGAUGUCGGUUUUAGUGAUGCUGGAGAUGCAGGAGCUGGAGGACUGUGUUGGUUGUUACAUUUUUUUUGCUGAAUGAUGUAAAUAAUAAAAGUGGUUCUCUCGCGAGACCAGAUCCUAAAGUUACAAGUUGAGAGAAAAGAGCCUUCAGAGUGACAAGUGAAGAAUGUUGGCGAUUAUUACAUGACAAAGUCCCCAUCUGGAAUGGGGGGGGGGGGGGGGGUACGGAAGGGGGCGGGAGGCUAUUUUGAACAACACACUCGGCAGCAUUGAUGACGUUACUUCAACCGUGGGUUUGGUGGGAUGAACAAAACCUGGUUUCUUAUGGAGAUGAUGAAUAUUCUAUUUUCAGUAUUUCACUUUCAAGCUUCUCAUUUUUGCCCUGAAAAAAAGCUCAUCAUUAGCUCAACCCUGCAGUGGCAUGUAAUUCAAACCUUAUUCCACAGGGUUGAGGCUUUGGGCUAAGCUGCAUUUUCUUUUCCUAAAAAGUUUGACGGGCAGAAGAUGAUGUAUAUUUCUGUAUAGUGUAAGUACCAUGUAAAAUAGGGAGGAGGUGGAGAAAAAUAACAGAUGCUAUCUAGGUCACACAGACUGAAGAGGGUGAGCGAGGGACGUGAUCGUCUUGCCCAGUCUGUGUCGUCUAUUUUUAUUGCUGUAUUUUCAGGAUUGUGGGGUCGACGGGAGUUUAGGUUAUUUAACUCACAACAACACAGCCAUCAAUGCUGUCCAUAUCCCUUACUGCAACUCUAACUCUGACUGUAAAACCAAUUUCACCUUUUUUUCUUUCUGGAGUAUUGCACCUUUAUUAUUAUUAUUCUCAUUUUUAUUUUUUAAGUUUUGACAGUGAAGUCCCUCUGGAUGAACAAUAUCUAUAAACUCAGCAUUUAAAAAAACAAAACAAAAAAAUUACAACCUCUGGAGAUGUUCUUUUUUUUCCUUUUUUCAUUCUGUGUAUCAGUUGUAUUCUGAUGUUCUGUGCAUGUUUCUCUGCAAAGACUGGAUAAGAUAUUGUAACAUACAUACAUACCGCAAUUGCACUUGACAGCUGCACCUCACAACUUUCAAUAAACAUGCUUAAGGAAGAAUAAG